AUGAAAUCACCUCUUGUGGAAACAGCAGUAAUGGACGAGUAUCUACUCAAGAAUGACCUCGAGUUCACCAGCGACGGACAGUUCGUCAAAUGGGGCAAAGGAAACAAGAACCACCCUCGCAACUGGAGCACCACCCGGAAGGUGUUUGACAUUGGCCUUAUCUUUCUAUUGGAUCUCUUCGUAACUGCGACGAGUACAGCUGGUGCAUCGGCCGCAUCUGAAGCCCGCCAUGAAUACCACAUCGGGGCCACCUUGUCCACCUUUUGCUUCGUGACUUUAUUCCUCAUCGGACAGGUAGUCGGCGCCAUCAUCUUCCCUCCUUGGUCCGAAUGCUUCGGCCGUAAAAACCUCUAUAUCAUCAGCAGCACCGGUAGCAGCAUAUGCUGUCUGAUCAUCGGGGUCGUCCAUUCCCUAACCGCCGUCAUCAUCUGCCGCAUCCUCGGGGGCUUCUUCAGUGCAAUCCCCUACACCGUGGGCAGCGGCAGCAACGAAGACAUGUUCGAUACCCGCGCACGCAUCUGGACCAUCUUCCUCUGGACGAUUGCCUCCAACGUGGGUCUCCUCAUCGGACCCAUCACCAGCACCAUCAUCAUCGAAGCCCUCCACUGGCGCUGGGUCUUCUACAUCUACACGAUAAUCCUCUCCCUCCUCAGCCUCCUCUUCCUCCUGAUCCGAGAAUCCCGCCCCGCCCUCCUCCUCGCGCACGAAGUCUCCCGAAUCGAACGCGAAACCAACCCCUCUACGCCCCUCCACCCGCUCAACCACGACCACUCCCCCGACAUCCGCACCUUCAUCAAAGCCUCUCUCUUCCGCCCCUUACAUCUCUUCUUCAGCGAACUCCUCAUCUUCACCAUCGCCAUGAUGAUCGCCUUCUCCUUCGCCCUAGUCUACAUCUUCACCGAAGCCCUCCAACCCAUCUACGAAUCCAUGGGCUUCAGCCCCUCCUCUGCCUCUCUCCCAUUCCUAGCCCUCGGCGUCGGCGUCAUCAUCAGCACCCUAACCCGCUUCUUAGACAUCCACAUCCUAAACACCCGUCGGGCGAACUCCCAGCCCAUAAAACCAGAAGAUAAACUCAUAGGCCUGGCCAUCGGUGCCCCGGUCUUCGCUAUCGGACUCUGGUGGUUCGCGUGGACGAUCCCACCUUACGCCGAGCACAUCCACUGGAUUAUCCCCACCAUCUCACUAGCAUUUAUCGGCUACGCCCUGAAUGAAUUCGACACCGUCCUCUACGGAUAUCUCUCAGAUAGUUACCUCAGCUACGCAGCCAGCGGAACAGCAUCCGUACAAUUACUCAGGGCGUUAUUAUCCGGUGCAUUUCCAUUAUUCACGAGACAGAUGUUCGCUGGAUUGGGCAAUAAUGUGGCUGCGUCGUUACUGGCGGCUCUCGCGACGGCGUUUUGUGCUGUUCCGGUGUUGUUUUUGUUCUAUGGGGAGAGGAUUAGAGCGAAGAGUCGGUUUGCGAGGUAUAGUCUGGAGAUUCAGGAUGAGGUGGGGAAGAGGGGGUAG